AUGUCGCCUGCGAAUUCCCAGCAGGCCGCCUGUCUCGACCCUCUCGACGCCUUGGUCGAUUUCUCCGAGUACGAACCCAUCUCCUAUCAAUCUCCCCUCUCGCCUGCUUCGAAGCCGCGAUUCCCCACGAGGUCCGUCUCGAGCACACCCGCAACCUUGCCCUCGAGCACACAACCCGCUCUCACCGGACCCAGCCAUAACUAUCACCUCUACCAGCAACAGACCGGCAUCCCACAAGGAGCCGUCGCAAACACGCUCGCCAUAAACGCAACCAACGUCCACCUCAACAAUUAUGGCUUUGGCGAUGCCUAUCUCUCGGGUCUCGGCCAGAGCGACGAGUUCGUUGACUUCGGCACCGCUCCAGGCCGGUCCGGCUCCUUCAACCCUUCGGAUAACGACAUGGAAUUCGAUUCACCCAAUGCGGAGCCCGCCUUCUUUUUCCCGGAAUCGACACCUGGAUUUGUCGAUCCGAGUGCCAUUGGCCCCUCGAUGCCUGUUUCCAACGUCCUCCCAACUCAGUCAGGCAAUGUUGGCCGUCUAUGGCCCGGUAUGCAUCAGCAGCAAGCCGCGCUUGCCAAGGCACAAGCACAGCAGAAGCAGCAGCGUCAACAGAUCAUUCAGCAGCAAAAUGCUGCGGGGCACCUCAAGCAACCACAACGGAGUCGUGCCUCGCACUCAACCAAUCCUCUGGUGGAGGAGAAGAUCUCGCAGCUCCUAAAUUCGAUGAGACAGAGUAGUGCUACCACGGAGGGGGAUGAGGCUCCAACUCCCAGCACGACCACAUUACACGCUCAGCGCGCUCGAAAGGACGAGGAGGAGAUGGAUGAAGACGAGCGUUUGCUCGCCAGUGAGGAGGGUAAGAAGCUCAGCAGUAAGGAGCGGAGGCAACUUCGGAAUAAGGUGUCUGCACGCGCAUUCAGAUCAAGAAGGAAGGAAUACAUCGGCCAACUCGAAGGCGAGAUUGCUGCAAAGGUGACGGAGAACAACGACCUCCGCUCCCAGAACCGCGCCUUGAUGGAAGAGAACACCCGUCUCACAGACCUGACCCGCAUGCUCCUCUCCUCCCCAUCCUUCUCCGGCUUCCUCGAUACUCUUGCCCAAAACCCAGCCGCUCAACAGCAACAGCAACAGCCUAAUCCUGCUCCCGCUCAAGUUCAACAAUCGGAAAACAGACAAGUGAGGAAGGAUAUCAACCCCUAUGCCGCUCAACAGCAGGUGCAGCAGCAGCAGCAGCAUAUCGGCAUGGCCAUGGUUCCAGAACAGAAUAUGGAUUUCAGCAUCCUUAACUCCGACGUGAACUUCUCGUAUCAACCUCAAGUCUUUUCUGUUCUGAGCAUGCCGGAGACCAUCAUUGACUCUGAAAUCCUCUCUGGAAAGACCUCUUCCUUCUCUCCUUCACUGUUGAGUGAGGAUGAGAAGGUCGAACUCCCGGUCGUUCAACGCGCACCUGUCUCAGCACCUGCCGAAAUCGAGAUGGAGGCCAAGGCUAAGGAGAUCGAGGUCCAACAGCAUUUCAGUCUUGUGGUCAGGUCUCAGGUGUCGAAAGACGAAGCUGAGGCAGCGAUGGGGAGGGUGAAUAGGUUAUGUGAGAGCAUUGAACGGGUGGCAGAUAAAUUGAGGACGUUGACUCUCAAUUUAUAG